AUGGUUGUUAAAGAAUGUCGCACCGCCAUGCUUGUUAAUGACAUGGAUAUUUCUCGUCUCAUGGUUCAUACUCAACAAAUCGAAGAGGAGAAACUUAAGGAAAUGUCUAUGGAGGCAAAGAGGGCUAAAACUGGUGAUUGUUAUUUUUCAAGGUCCGAUGGACAUGGUCGUUCUAUGUUUCGACAAUGGUGUGGAAAGAAGCACGAGGGUAAGUGCCUAGCUAGCAUGGAUGGUGUCUUCGGUUGUGGUAAAAGUGGUCAUAAGAUGAGCGAUCGCCCAAUGCUUAAUGUUAAAGGAAGAGUGGGCAAGCAAGCUUCUCCUAGUUGUUCGGGUUCCAAUGCUCCCAAGAAGAACCGAUUUUAUGCACUCCAGACUCGUGGUGAGCAAGAGGGUUCUCUCGAUAUGUUUAUCGAUAUGUUGAAAUUCUUCCAACUUGAUGUUUAUGCUUUACUUCAUCCCGGUUCUACCUUGUAUUUUGUGACUCCAUAUGUGUCUAUGAGGUUUGAUGUUCUUUCGUAUGUGUUGUUAGAUCCUUUAUUUGUCCCUAAUCUUGUGAGUGAUUCUACUGUGGCUAAGAGGUAUAUGGCCACUCGAAGGGCAUAUGCUAGAAGGAAUGCGGGAGAGAAUAUGAAUCAAGAGGCUCCUUCUGAAGCUCCUCAAGUUUGGGUCGAUCCUUUGGCAGUUCAUGUAUUGGCUCAAGUCAUGACAGCCUAA